GGGAUAGUCCCUUCUUUACCCACAAGUGCCUCUUUCGAGAGGUGCCUGGCAUCCCAUUCCAAUGAGCUACUCUGGGCUGUGCCCAGUUCGGCGGUUAGGGACACGGGCAGGUUUAUUCUCACAAUGCUCCCACAUCCCUAGCAGCCCCCAACUUUUACUAGAAAAGGGAGUUUAGUGGGGAAACUUCAUGGGCAAAAUGCCACCCCAAAGUUAAAGCAAGCUAAGCAGAAUUGGCCUAGAGAAAAAAAAUCUCUGAGGACAGAACUCACCGGUCCAAUGUCUGACCAUGCGGAUGUGAGCCUCCCACCCCAAGACCGGGUGAGGAUUCUGUCGCAACUCGGGAGUGCAGUUGAGUUAAAUGAAGACAUUCCGCCCCGUCGCUACUUUCGUUCCGGUGUUGAGAUCAUCCGCAUGGCAUCCAUUUACUCUGAAGAAGGCAACAUUGAACAUGCCUUUAUCCUCUACAACAAGUACAUCACGCUGUUUAUUGAAAAACUUCCAAAACACCGAGACUACAAAUCGGCCAUCAUUCCCGAGAAGAAAGACGCGGUCAAGAAAUUAAAGAAUGUCGCUUUCCCUAAAGCGGAAGAGCUGAAGACAGAACUCUUGAAGAGAUACACCAAAGAGUAUGAGCAGUAUAAGGAGCGAAAGAAGAAGGAAGAAGAAGAACUUGCCCGAAAUAUCGCCAUCCAGCAAGAGCUGGAAAAAGAAAAGCAGAGAGUUGCACAGCAGAAGCAGAAGCAGCUCGAGCAGGAGCAGUUCCAUGCCUUUGAGAAGAUGAUCCAGAAGCAGGAGCUGGAGAAAGAGCGGCUAAAAAUUGUUCAAGAGUUCGGGAAGGUAGACCCUGGCCCGUGUGGGCCUCUGCUCCCUGAUCUGGAAAAGCCCUGUGUAGAUGUGGCCCCCAGUUCACCUUUCUCGCCCACGCAGACUUCAGACUAUAACACAACCCUGAGGCCAGCUAAGCCACCUGUGGUGGACAGGUCCCUCAAACCUGGAGCAUUAAGCGUCAUAGAAAAUGUUCCCACCAUUGAAGGCCUGCGCCACAUUGUGGUGCCCCGCAAUCUGUGCUCAGAAUUUCUCCAGCUUGCCAGCGCCAACACUGCCAAGGGCAUCGAGACCUGUGGAGUCCUCUGUGGAAAACUGAUGAGAAAUGAAUUCACAAUCACACAUGUUCUCAUCCCCAGACAAAAUGGUGGGCCUGAUUAUUGCCACACAGAGAAUGAAGAAGAAAUUUUCUUUAUGCAGGAUGAUCUUGGACUCCUCACUCUUGGCUGGAUCCACACCCAUCCAACCCAAACGGCCUUUCUGUCCAGUGUGGAUCUGCACACGCACUGCUCCUACCAAAUGAUGUUACCGGAGUCCAUAGCAAUUGUCUGCUCCCCCAAGUUCCAGGAAACUGGAUUCUUUAAAUUAACUGACUAUGGCCUUCAAGAGAUUUCGACCUGCCGGCAGAAAGGCUUUCACCCCCAUGGCAGAGACCCACCGCUGUUCUGUGACUGCAGCCAUGUCACUGUCAAAGACAGAAUUGUGACGAUCACAGACCUUCGAUAAAUCUCAGUCAUGAACCAGGAGGUGGCCCACUGGGUAAACGCACUUGCCACCAAGCCCAACAGCCCAAGUUCUAUUCCUGGGAUCCCCCCAAGUUGUCCUCUAGCCUUCAUUUGUGUACUGUGGUAUGUGUGCACCCACAUACACACACAGACACACACACACACACACACACACACAUAUUAAUUUAAAACAAAUAAAUGUAAAUUACAAAAAGA